AUGUCAGACCUCGCCAGCCGAAUCACGGACCCGAAGGAGGCCGCGACUGAUGCGGCCCCGGCCCCGGCGGCCGCGGAGACUCCUGCUGCCGACCCCACCGUUGCUGAUGCCCAGGCUGAUGGCACUGUCGAAGCCCUUGGGGGCUCGGGACUACAUGAGCCAGAGUGGGAUGUUGAGGUUUCGCUCAGUGAGCUUCAGGACAAUGAAGCCACGCCCUUUCACUCGGCGACUACGUGGCAGGACCUAGGCCUCUCCGAGACCAUCCUCAAGGGCCUCUUGGCUCUCAAAUUCCUGAAGCCGUCCAAGGUCCAGGGCAAGUCUUUGCCCUUGAUGCUUAGCGAUCCCCCGAGAAACAUGCUGGCACAGUCUCAAUCUGGAACUGGCAAGACGGCUGCGUUCGUUACCGCGAUAUUGUCGCGGGUCGACUUCAGUCAGCCCGAGCAGCCCCAAGCGCUGGUUUUGGCCCCGAGCCGAGAACUCGCUCGCCAGAUUGAGGGUGUCGUCACUGCUAUUGGCCGUUUCGUCGAGAACCUCAAGAUCGCCCCCGCGAUUCCUGGUGCCCUCCCUCGUGGCGAGCCUGUCCGCGCUAGCGUCGUUAUUGGCACGCCUGGCACGGUCAUGGACAUCGUUCGUCGCAGGCAGCUGGAUGUCUCGAAGUUGCGAGUUCUUGUCUUGGACGAGGCGGACAACAUGCUCGACCAGCAGGGUCUUGGCGACCAGUGCAUGAGAGUAAAAGGCAUGCUUCCAAGGGAUAUCCAGAUCCUGUUGUUUUCAGCUACGUUCCCCGACAAAGUCAACAACUACGCGUCCAAGUUUGCGCCGAACGCGCAUACCCUGAAGCUGCAGAGAAGCGAGCUUACGGUCAAGGGCAUCUCUCAGAUGUUCAUCGACUGCCCUGACGACAACACACGAUAUGAGGUCCUCUGUAAGCUGUACGGGCUUAUGACUAUCGGGCAGUCUGUCAUCUUUGUCAAGACACGCGAAAGCGCCAACGAGAUUCAACGCCGCAUGGUCGCUGAUGGCCACAAGGUCUCGGCGUUGCAUGCCGCUUUCGAUGGCAAUGAGCGAGACGAUCUGCUUGCCAAGUUCCGCAACGGCGAAAAUAAAGUCCUGAUCACGACCAAUGUUCUCGCCCGCGGCAUUGACGUGUCCAGCGUCUCCAUGGUCAUCAACUAUGAUAUCCCCAUGAAGGGACGAGGCGACAGCGAGCCGGAUGCCGAGACGUACCUCCACCGUAUUGGCCGCACGGGUCGAUUCGGCCGCGUCGGCGUGAGCAUUAGCUUCGUCUACGACAAGAAGAGCUUUGAUGCUUUGAGCAAGAUCGCCAGCGCGUUCGGCAUCGACCUGGUUCGCCUUGACACGGAUGACUGGGACGAGGCUGAGGAGAAGGUGAAGGAGGUGAUCAAGAGGAACCGCGCACAGGCUAGCUACGCGCCCAGCGCUACGGACAAGGCCAAGGCACAGGCGGAAGCGCAAGCAGCGGCACCAUAG